ACGCCCGGCCACCUCCUCCGCCUUUUCCUCCUCCUCCUCCCCCGCCUCUUCCGUUUUCUGGAGGGAAAGGCUGCAGCCUCCUUCUGGGCUCCGCAUCCCGGCUUAGGUAAUACGCUUUCCUCUUUACGCCCCUCUCGCCUCGGCGCCACAGCCUCCCUUCCUGCUCGGAUUCGGGUCCCCGACCAGCACGCACCCAUCGCCUCUCCGGAAGGUAGCUGACGGCCCGGAGGGUGGGUGCCGAUUCCACCAGACGCUGCAACUGAAAAGCCAGGUUCAGAAAUGUCAGGUAUCCUCCGGGAGCUGCUCUGUGUCUCUGAGAAAGCUGCCAACAUUGCCCGGGCGUGCAGGCAGCAGGAAGCCCUCUUCCAGCUGCUGAUAGAAGAAAAGAAAGAGGGAGAAAAGAACAAGAAGUUUGCAGUUGAUUUCAAGACCCUGGCUGAUGUACUGGUACAGGAAGUUAUAAAACAGAAUAUGGAGAACAAGUUUCCAGGCUUGGGAAAAAAAAUUUUUGGAGAAGAAUCCAAUGAGUUUACAAAUGAUUUGGGGGAAAAGAUUAUCAUCAGACUGUGUCCAACAGAGGAAGAAACAGUAGAUCUUCUCAACAAAGUCCUUAAUGGUAACAAGUUGGCAUCUGAAGCAUUAGCCAAGGUUGUACAUCAGGACGUUGUCUUUAGUGACCCAGCUCUGGAUGCAAUAGAGAUCAACAUUCCACAGGACACUUUGGGAGUUUGGGUGGAUCCUAUAGAUUCAACUUAUCAGUAUAUAAAAGGUUCUGCUGACAUUAAAUCCAACCAAGGAAUCUUCCCCAGUGGACUUCAGUGUGUCACUAUUUUAAUUGGUGUCUAUGACAUACAGACAGGGGUGCCCCUGAUGGGAGUCAUCAACCAACCUUUUGUAUCACAAGACCUAAACACCCUCAGGUGGAAAGGACAUUGCUACUGGGGCCUUUCUUACAUGGGGACCAAUAUCCAUUCAUUUCUGCCUCCCGUCUCUACAAGAAACAGCAGUGAAACGCAGAGCCAAGUGACCCCAAACCCCAGCUCUGAGGCGGAAUGCUCCCACCCGUUCUCAGCUGUCAUUAGUACAAGUGAAAAGGAGACCGUCAAGGCCGCACUGUCACGUGUGUGUGGAGAGCGCAUAUUCCGGGCAGCUGGGGCUGGUUACAAGAGUCUCUGUGUUGUCCUCGGCCUUGUUGACAUUUACAUCUUCUCAGAAGACACCACGUUCAAGUGGGACUCUUGUGCUGCUCACGCCAUCCUCAGGGCCAUGGGUGGGGGAAUGGUGGACUUAAAAGAGUGCUUGGAAAGAAACCCCAACUCGGGACUUGACUUGCCACAGUUGGUGUACCACGUGGGAAACAGAGGCGCUGCUGGAGUGGACCAGUGGGCCAACAAGGGAGGACUGAUCGCUUACAGAUCAAAGAAGCAGCUGGAGGCAUUCCUGAGCCGCCUCCUCCGACACCUGGCCCCUGUGGAUGCACAUACAUAGACGAGCUCCAUCCUCAGGGACUCGAAACCCACCUUCCUCUUCUGAGGAGCAUUUUUCCAUUAUGUGUUCAUAACGUUAAUGUCAAUAAAUGACUGAUAUUCGUGCUGCAGUUAAAUGUG